ACCGAUUUGAUUGAUUGGUCGCCAUUCGAAGAAUAACUGGUUUCCUUUCCCCUGGAAUUAGCCGAAAGUAGGUACAGUGCUGUCGUUCAUCGUGCGCUCGGGCUGAGUGCUACGCAGCGUUUCUCCUAAAUGUUGUCUCGAGAUUGCCUUGGUUGUCGAUGGCGUAGAGGACCCCUGGAUUUGCAAUCCAGUUCUACGGCUCCUGGUGCCUCGUCGCCGGUAGUUAGCUCAUAAUCGUCGGCAUUGAGUCGUAGAACUGUCCAUCAUUUUGAAAAAGCAAAUCCCCACGAAGGUGCCAAUCCUUCGUUUUGCGCGUGCGCUUCUCCUGCCUGGUGUUCUUCCCCCUUUCCCGCGAUUUGUCCUCUUCAUGUGAUCUUUCAAUUUUCUCCCACGAGCGAGCGAAAGCAAGGGAGGCGCUGACGCCAAGGACGAACGAGGGGCCCCCACGUCGAUUCAAGUUCGUACAGAAGUCGAGUUCUUGUGUAUAAGGCGCCCUCGCUCACGCCCACGCCAAGUUGCGGGAGGUUGAAGAAGAAGAGGAGACGACGAUAUCUUAUCGCAGCAGAUAUGACAAUAGCCCGAUCGCUCACUUGUUGUGGCAUUCCGAAAGCGAGAGCGAUGGAGAAGAUGAAGGCGAAAUCAAUGGGAGAUGGAGGUGUCCUCUCCCUUGUCCGUCCUCUCUUCAUGUUGUUCUUCGCUAGUCUGACGGUAAUCUUACUCGAUGGGGAGUGCGCCGCUGCGGGCGGAGGCUCCGGGGGCUCGUUUGAAGUGGGUCCUCCGCGCGGGAAGAUUGAUGAGAGCGUUGUGGUCUCAUCUCUGUUCCGGAGAUUACUGGCCAUUUCGUCUUCCCCCUCUUCCGGCGAUGGUGGGGGCAGCCAGUCGCAGCAGGUGAUGAGCGAUGGGCGCCGCGGCUCGGGGGGGAUGAACAGGACGGCACCGGCGAGUGGCGAAAAGUGGUUGUACCUGAUUAGUUAUCGCAGCCCGGAGGAUUUGGAAAGAGCGGAAAAGAUAUGCGGAGCGACGGCGAUCCUGGUGUCGGGGUCCCGGUUUGCGAUGCUGUACAUGACAGCGGCGGCGGCGGAGAGGCUGAUGCGAGACUCCGCUUUCCCCAUUGUCCUUCCGGUGCCGCCGUACGUUAAGAUCGAGGCAUACAGGUUGGCAGAAAGACUGGGGGCGCUGCAGACCGGAGACGGGGGAGGAGGAAAAGAAGGAACAGUGAAUGCACUCAAAGCGCUGCUGGCGCCUGGAGCGGGGAAGCGGAGGGCGGUGCAGACGAUGGCUCUCAAUUGGCAGACAGAACUUCGAGACGUGUUGCGGUUGGCGGAUACGGCGGAGCUGACGUGUGCAGCAGAGGAUGCGACAGCAAUCAUGUGCUCGCCCAUACCUGAUGGAGGACUCACACAUGCCUCGGAUUGGAUGUCGCAGCAGUCGGCGGUGGUGUUCGUAGAAGAGCAAGCCCGCUACAAGGUCUUCAAUGAAUGGGCGAAGGGAAUCAUGCAGGGAUGGAACGGAACUGGCGCAAUGGUCCGGACGCCAAUAUUCGACCAAGGACUCAGAGGGGAGGGUGAGGUCAUUGGUUUAGCCGAUACCGGCAUUGAUAUGCAGCAUUGUUUCUUUUAUGAUGAAAACAAGCCAAACCCUCCGUACAACAUCCAUGAUCCAUUGCGAAGAAAGGUGGUCCAGUACAUCACGUUUGGUGACUCAACGGAUGGUACUCAAGGUGGCCAUGGAACCCAUGUUGCGGGUAGUCUUGCUGGAGACACCCUCAUAGGAAACCAGUACUCUGGGAUGGCACCAGCUGCUAAAAUAGCUUUUUUCGAUGUUGCAGUUGGUGAUGAUGACAACCUGUUGACUCCAAUAUCACUUGGGCCAAGUUUGUUUGCAUAUGCACGUGAAGCUGGUGCCAGGAUCCACUCCAAUUCAUGGGGAACACCAUACAAUGGCUACGGCUCAGACGCUCGUGCUGUCGACGAGUAUUCAUACAAGAAUGAGGAUGUAUUACUUGUAUUUGCUGCUGGGAAUCAGGGAGAAAAUGGAUCGUCGACAAUUGCCAGUCCUGGCCUUGCCAAGAACUGCAUCACUGUGGGGGCCUCAUACAAUGCAAAACAGUCGUUUGAGAAGCUCGAAGGUGGAGCAGCAGAAGCCCGAAGCAUUGCCACGGUUGCACCAUUCUCUAGCCAGGGUCCUACUACUGAUGGUCGGCUUAAGCCAGAUGUCGUUGCCCCGGGGAUGGUUAUCUGGUCUUCCUAUGCACAGCCAGGUGUGCCACCAGCAGAUAACUGUGCGUUUAGGCCAAAACAGUUUGAUGACCAGUCAAAGCUAAGGAAAACCAAUGUCAAUGCUGCCCCAUUCACAGAUUAUCUCACCAGCUGUUAUCGCGUGCCGUUUGAUGACCGGUCGAAGGCGAAGCUAAAGGCUAUCGCAGAUGAGCAGGCGGCGAAGAUGAAGAGAUUGGAGGAGGAGAUGAAGAGAGUACAACAAGAGGAGGAAGAAAGAAGAAAAGCUGCUAAAGCAGAAGGGGCAGCAGAAGAAGAGAAAGAGAGAAUGAGGAUUGAGAGUGGAGAAGGAAGCAGUGGUGGCAUGAUGAAGUGGGAGACAGAUACUGAGCUGGAGAAGAAGAUCAGCGAGUGGGUCGCUAAUUUAUCGUUGGGGGAAGACGAGGAGGCGGAGUCCUAUGUGACUAAGGAUGAGAAGGCUGCGCUGGCCGCUGAGCUAGCAACCAUGAUAGACCCGAUGGAACGAAGAGAGAGGGAAGACGAGCAAAAGUUAGCAUGGAAGUUGAGAAUGAAGAGGGAGAAAAAGAGGAGGAGAGAGGAAGUGAAUAAGAUGACCGCCGCAGUGGCAAAGGUGCAGGAGUGUAGAGCGGAGGUGCUGGCCCACCCACAUGAUAAGGCCAAGUGGGACAAAGUACUGGGCUAUCUAGAGGUGUUGAGCAAGGCCUGGAUGGAGGAGCGGCAGGCAAGCUGGAGCCAGGAUGUAGCGUUGAGUGCCAUGCGGUCCGGGUUCAGGGAUUUUGCGCGCGAAAUUGUCACCCACAUUGGGGGCGAAGUCAAACAAUUGAGGGACAAUGUAGGGAAGUUUUGUGAGGGCGCAAUUCAGGGUGCCAAAGCUGCAGCCGCUGUAGAAGGAGAGGCCAGACCUCGUAAGGACCCAGUGAAACUUAAGUUCCCAGACGCGUACGGGGGRAAGAAGGACGAGAACUUUGACGACUGGGAGGCCAGUGUCAAUAGUUACAUUUAUUUACAGCAUAUCCUGAUGGAGGAGCAAGUCCUCGUGGCCUUCGAGGCCCUCAAGGACGAAGCGGCUAGCUUCGCCAGGUCUCUCGCGCGUACAGCCGGUUGUGAAAACAACCUGGUUGCGUAUUCCAAAGUCACUCCUCUUUCCCAAUUCCGCAAGCUCCUCAAGGAGCGGUUCGCUGACCCAACGCGAGGUAUUAGAGCCUCUGAUAAGCUCCAAACGAUCCACUCUCAGCAGUGGAGGAGUGCUAAGGCACUCAAGGGUACUAUGGACGACUUGGUAGCCGUCCCGGACCACGGGGUCACUGAGCCCCAGCUGGCCCAGUUGUUUUAUCGUGCCAUUCCAGAGGCCCUGCGCGGGCAUUUCUUUGACAAAUCUCAGCAGGCCGGCAUGACUUACGAUGCAUUGAGUAGAAAAGUCGUCCUGUAUGAGUCGAAGUCUAUGCCAGUUACCACAUUCUGGCAUAAGGACCUGGAGAAGGGGAAAAAGUGGAAAGAUCGUACCAUCUCGGGCCAAGUUAAGGCCAAGGAUCACUUGAUCUUGACAUUAGAGGAGGGUGGUACAGAAGAGGUCCCAUAUGAUCAGAUUGAGUGGGGCCUAGGGGAGGAGUACAGUAGUGUAGGGCAGGGGAGGUCUUACGCUGCUGUUGCGGCUGGAGGGAGGCCGCAAGGUAGAGGAGGAGGCCAGGGCCAAAGGGGCCAGACCAUGGGAGGCCGAGGACCGGGCGCGCAGGGGGUUGGCGGCCAAGGAAACCGCCAAGCGGGAGGUGAGGCCCGUGACAUCCCAUGGCUCACGAAUGUUGUCAAGAUCCUUGUCCACGUCUUUGUAUUCCGCGGGCAAGGCCUUCGUCCUCAGGGGACAUCUGUUGCUACCCCCAUAGUGGCUGGCAUGGCUGCCAUUGUUCGACAAUACUUUCGCCAAGGAUAUUACCCUUCAGGUAUGGCUAGGUCAGAGGAUAGCAUCGUUCCAUCAGGCGCUUUGAUUAAAGCGAUUUUGAUCCACAGUGCACAGCCGAUGGAGGCAUACUUCGACAAGUCAAAGAAACUCCAGGACAUGCCACCACCUCCAAAUAACAUUCAAGGUUUCGGGAGGCCAGCGCUUGAAAAUGUAUUGGUUUUCAAUCCUUCACGAGGCUCGCCCUUCGAACCAUCGACAUUGUAUGUUAGAAUUGGGACUGCAGACAAGAGUGUGUUGACAAAGGGUGUUGCACAUGAAUACAAGAUAUACAUCUACUCGUCGGUUGAGCCUCUGAGAGCAACAUUGGUGUGGAUGGACCCUCCAGCUGCAGCAAAUGCAUUGAGACCAGUGAUCAAUGAUCUUGAUCUCUCUGUUACUGCAAUUGUCAACAACAAGGUUUUCUAUCCAAAUGGGCUCAAUAAUGUUGACGACCUUAACAAUGUUGAAGUUGUCCACGUUGGGAAGCCAGCGAUUGGAAAUUAUACUGUGAAAGUGGCUGGAAGUACAGUCAACACCAAGUCCCAGCCAUACGCUUUGGUUAUAACUGGGUCAUUCCACAUGCCCACUGGCUAUGAUGAAGGCGAUACAAUCAUUAGGGACAAUGGGAACAUGGCCCCGUCGCUUCUUUUGUCAAUAAUUGUGCUGUCCCGGUCCUUCGUUAUUUCCGUGGUGCUUGUCUUCUUCAAUGCCCUUAUUGGUUGAAUGAAUGUGAAUUGGUAUCUCUCCACAUUUGGCCCCAACACCAUGUCCAUGGUAAAAUAUUGUUUCAGGAGGUUGUACACAGUUUUAGAUUGGGCCUCAAUUUUGUACAGCAACCCAUCCUAUGGAACCUUCCGCAAGCUGACAUCAACGUUUUCUACAGUGCAACUGAUGCAUAUCGGUAGUAGGUAGAUACUCAAGCCACGUUCAGAAACUGAACAGGGACUGACUUUUAUGUUAAUCCGUCCCAGUACUUCUGGCAAUCCUGGUCAGAAGAAUUUUGAGGAGCUUCAGAAAAGAUUCUCAAUCUUUUUUUGGCAGUUCCUGUGUUUUACGGUGGUGAGGAUACAUGUCCAUCCUCCGGCUUGGCCGAUUGUUCAAGAGAGGAGGAUCCCUGUCAUACUUGGAUCCCAUUAUCUUCUUUUCAAUCAGUUAAGCCCACAGCCACCAUUUUCCAAAUCCGUACGCCUUGUAGUGUUGUAGACUACUAAUUCAGGAGUGUUACAAAUCGACUUUGCAUCCCAUACUGUGAAAUGAUUUCAAACUCCACGCUGAUUCUGCUCAUCACUACAACCCUCACACCUGAAUUUCUGUGGUCUCCACUUGUGGAGAUCCACGCAAUCAGCGGUGCAUCAGCACGCUGCCUGAAUGGGCUUGCAAAACCCCAGGCAGCUUUCGACUUGGGCCCUGUGACAAUCUUCGGUUGAUUUCCACACAUGUAAAGGCACAUUUGCGCACCUCGAGACCUGUAGCAUGGUCAGGCAAGAUGAACACAUGAUGUUCUUGCUGCUGGGUCUUGUUUCUUUGAAUCAGCGCUGCAGAGCAAUGGGCCAUCGGCGCAUAAUGCAACACACUUUUUUAACAAAACGCCAUGUGCUCC